CUCCACCUUCUCUGCCAAAGUGCAUCGCCUGUGAAGAAGCUUUACAGAUUGGUCGCAGUGCUUGAUAGAAUGUAAAUCUGGAUACAAUACUUUGAUCACAGGAUCAUUUUAUUGGAAGAUGCUGGCGUAGCGACAAGGUUAAUGUUUGAUAACUAAAAGGCCCCAGAAUUGAUCCUUUCAUCUCACACAGCUUCAUGUAUUUCCUUAUUAUCGUCUGCCCUUUAACUGUCUCUACAUUCCUUCCUCCACGGCAUUAAACCAAUCACAGGCAGAGAGCAUUGCCAUGGACACGGAAUCCAUUCAGUCUGGUUAUUCCCACCACUCCAACAGGUCACGGGGAUCAAACAAACAGAGUGAACGCAGCAGUAGGGAUCGGCACAAAUCACACAGCCGAGACAGCAGCAGCCGCUCAGACAAAAAUGUCACCAUCAGUGCAUCGUCUGCUCAACUACAGCAAGAUCAGAGCUCCGCCCCCACAGAUGCCCAGGAUGACAACUGGGGCGAGACUACCACAGCAGUCACUGGAACCUCAGACCACAGCUUGUCUCAAGAGGAUUUGGCUGGCUUCGGAAAGGAGACGGAAACUCCAGCAGAGAAGUUGAACUGUAUACGCUUCCUUCCUUUGGUCCUCACCCUCUUCCUUGGCCUGCUGGUCCUGGUCACCCCCCUGGCCUUCCUGGUGCUUCCCCAGCUGGUGUGGCCGGAGCGUCUACAGGCUUGCGGCACAGCCUGCGAGGGCCUGUUUCUUUCACUUGCUUUCAAGCUCCUUAUUCUGCUGCUGGCCGGCUGGGCGUUGUUUGUGCGUCCUGCAAGAGCCUCACUUCCCAGGAUUGCAGUGUUCCGUGCCCUGCUGGGGUUGCUAACGCUUCUCUUGCUGCUCUCCUAUUGGCUGUUCUUUGGAGUGCGCAUCUUGGACUCACAGGAUGAGAACUACCAGGGCAUAGUGCAGUUUGCAGUGUCAUUGGUGGAUGCUCUGCUGUUCAUCCAUUACCUGGCAGUAGUGCUGCUGGAGAUCCGGCAUCUGCGGCCUUGCUUUUCUCUUUGCGUCGUGCGAUCCACUGAUGGAGAGACUCACCACUACAACCUGGGACUACUUAGCAUACAGCGAGCAGCUCUGGUCAUACUGGAACACUAUUAUAAGGAUUUCACAAUCCACAACCCUGCCCUAUUGACAGCUGCUAAGUCCAGGGCAGCUAAACAUCUGGCUGGACUUAAAGUCUACAAUGUGGAUGGUGCUGGUAGCGAGGCUGCAACCGCUCAAUCUCGUGCUAAAAUUGCAGCUGCUGCUCGGCACAGAGACACCAGCCACAAUGAGCUGUACUACGAGGAAGCAGAGCAUGAGAGAAGAGUCCGGAAACGCAGGGCACGACUGGUGGUGGCAGUAGAGGAGGCUUUUACACAUGUUAGACGGCUGCAGGAGGAAGAGAAAAAGAAACAGCCAGGAGAUGAGAUGGAUCCUCGUGAGGCAGCACAAGCCAUCUUUCCAUCCAUGGCACAAGCACUGCAGAAGUACCUACGAACCAUCCGCCAGCAGCACUGCCACAGCAUGGACAGCAUCCAGGCCCACCUUGCAUUCUGCAUCACAAACAACAUGACCCCAAAGGCAUUUCUAGAGAGCUAUCUGGUUGCUGGGCCCACACUGCAGUAUGGGAGAGAGUGCUUGCAGGCCAGGCAGUGGACAUUGGUCAGCGAGGCAUCUGUCACCAGUCCUCUCCGUCAUGGCACUGAGUUCCAGCUCAAAUCAUCUGACUUCAGCUUGGUGGUCACUAGCAAAGCUAUCCCUCACCUCAAACUCAGCGAGGAAUUUGUCCACCCCAAAUCCCACAAGUUUGUACUGCAACUGCAGUCUGAGACCUCCGUCUGAUGGAUUACAUUUUUCUUUGUCCAUUUGGUUUUCUACACAUGUAAAUUUUGGACUAGUUCUAGUUUGUUUUAAAUUCUUUUUCACUUUCUCACAAUUUAUAAAUGGCAUUUUACAUACUGUAUGUAUUUUGAUACAAUAUUUGUUAUUGCCAAGAACAAAAAAAAAAAAACCUUGUAUGUAUUGCAUUACCUAGUGCUGGCAGGUGUGAUUGUGCAUUUGUGCUAUUUGUCUGUAUGUUACACUGUGCAAAGAGCAAAUACUAAUUACAUAAUGUGUUUAGCAACAGACUGAGGCAAAAUGGCUAGAGUUUUGUUUUUUUGCAGGUAGAUGUUAUUUAGCAUAUCUGCGCACACACGUAUGUGUGUGUGUGUGUGUGUGUGUGUGUGAGAGAGAGAGAGAGAGAGAGAGAGAGAUUUUUUUUGUGUACAUUGACCACUACACAAAAAGAGCAUGAUUGAUCACAAGAUCAAGGUCGGAAACAUCAUUCAUCACCAUUGCCGUAAUAGUCCAAUCACAAUGGACACUUAUUGGAGCUGCUGUAUGUGCUUUGCCAAACAUACAUGACCAUUUUUAGUCCUCAGGAUUAUUAAAAUUUUACCACCGUUAUAUACAGUAUAUUGGGUAAAUAUUUUCCAAAAUAAAUCAGCUUUUCCUUUGUCAUGAAUAAAGUGUGAUUUGCCUUUCAUCUCCUCCUUUGUGCUAAAUUGUGAUUUAGUAAUUUUUUACAUUUAAUUUAUUUUGUAGUGCGUUUGUGUGUGUGUGUGUGUGUGUGUGUGUGUGUGUCUGCGUGUGUGUGCGCAUCAUUGUGAAAGCAACAACACAUGUUUAUAAAUCACAAGCACAUUAAUGCUGCCUAAAGAUUUACAUUUCCUUGCUUAUUAAAGCACAAAAAAGAACAAACUGUCAUGCCUUUUUUCUACUGCUCUGUACAUUGUUUCUCAAAGGAUAAUAUAUGUUUUCUUUUGUAUUGAUAAGGGAAGAUUGUGUUGUAUUAGAUUUUCCUACAUUGUAAAACGUAAUGCAAAUUAAACUUGUUCAGUUUUAAGAGUUUGAAAUGGCAGAAUCACCUUUAAAGAUGGAACAGAACAACAGAAGUGUCAGUGCUUUACUUCAGUGUGUCAGUGGAAUAAAAAAAAACUUGGGAGGUCCUCACCAGAAAUCAAAUUAAUUGGCCGAUUUCUGUGUUUUGUUUGUUGGUGGAACAAAAAGUGGAAUUGUUUGCUACCCAAACACUUGGGAAUCUCAAAUUCUUAAUUGUAAAACACUGGAUGUUGGAAGAAAAAAACAAAAAAAUCAAGUGUAGUAUAAUGUUUUCAGCAAGAAUAUAUUUAGUUGCGGAUUCUUAGUAAAUUUUAGGCUGGAAUUUGUUGUCUUCUGAUUCAGAGCCAUCCCCCCAUGUAUCUGUAUAUAUUAUAAAAAUUGAAUAUUUCAUAUGCCAUA